AUGAUAAGGAAUGGAAUCCGCAUUGCUAUCGACAGAGGUGGCACAUUCACAGAUGCCUGGGCAGAUAUACCUGGUCGACCAGAUCAUGUCGUCUUCAAAGUUCUAUCAGUCUCCCCAGACGAGUAUGAUGAUGCCCCGACAGAAUGUAUCAGACGGAUUUUAGAAUUGGCAAGCGGCGAGGAGAUACCUAAGGGUUCUCUGCUCGACCUGUCGUCAGUUGAAUCUAUUCGAAUGGGUACGACAGUCGCCACAAAUGCGCUUCUUGAGCGGAAGGGCGAUCGUGUAGCCCUCAUGGUAACCAAAGGCUUUCGCGAUUCGCUCUUGAUUGGUAAUCAGGCUCGACCCAACAUUUUUGAUCUCUCGGUACAACGGCUCAAGCAGCUCUAUGAGACCGUGAUUGAGGUUGACGAGCGCAUCACGAUUGAAGGGUAUAGCGAAGAUCCCGAACCCAAACCCAUCGACACCGCGUCUGAUCCCAAUCUCGUCGUCGGUCUGACAGGCGAGGUAGUGAGAAUAUUACGAACGCCAGACCUGGAUGCCGUUCGCUCACAGCUAGACACGCUGCAAUCGCAAGGCUACCAGAAUCUAGCCAUUGGACUCAUGCAUGCAUAUACCUAUCCCGAGCACGAGCUUCAGAUAGCGAAACUGGCCGAACAAAUGGGCUUCAAAGUAUCGGCGUCGUCAGUUCUUCAAUCCAUGGCCAAAUUUGUCCCUCGAACCCAAUCGGCUGUGGCUGAUGCUUACCUCACUCCAAUGACUGCCUCGUAUCUUGAAGGCUUUCGGAAGGGAUUCAGGGGCCAACUGGACGAUGAAAAUACAAACAAGGUACUACUAAGUCAGUCAGAUGGUGGCCUGGCCACCUGGAACAGCUUUUCAGGUCUCCGAGGAGUACUAAGUGGUCCUGCCGGGGGUGUUGUAGGUUUGUCGCGAACAUGCUACGAUGCGGAGGAAGGCCGGCCAGUGUUGGGAUUCGAUAUGGGCGGAACCAGUACUGAUGUGGCCCGGUAUUCAGGCGCUCUGGAGCAUAUCUUCGAAAAUACCAUUGCGGAGGUUACCAUUCAGACACCCCAGCUGGAUAUCAACACUGUCGCAGCGGGAGGUGGAUCAAUCUUGACCUGGGAGACUGGGUUGCUAAAGGUUGGACCGAGGAGUGCUGGCGCAAAUCCUGGUCCAGCUUGCUAUGGAAAGGGUGGUCCGUUGACCGUGACGGACGCCAAUCUGCUGCUAGGACGAAUCAUUCCGGAGUAUUUUCCAAAAUCUCUCGAUCUGGACAUUGUCAAACAAAAGUUUGCCCAUUUGACGGACGUUGUUAACAGAGACAAAGGAGGUGGAGAUGCCUUUACCUCAGAAACCCUGGCGCUAGGCUUCUUGGCCAUCGCGAAUGCAACGAUGACAAGACCCAUUCGAAAACUGAGUGAAGGCCGAGGGUAUAGCGCCGCGAGCCACAACCUUGGAUGUUUCGGAGGUGCUGGUGGGCAGCACGCUGUCUUUAUUGCUCGAGAUCUCGGCAUUCAAAAAGCAAUCAUCCCACGCUACUCGAGUAUCUUGUCUGCAUACGGGAUGGCUCUAGCUGAUGUGGUGGUCGAGAACCAGGAGCCUGUGGCGUGGAAGUUUGAAGACGACACUCUGUCCGAGCUUCAGGCACGGCUAGAUUUAAUAUCGAAGAAAGGUAUAGAGGCGUUGAAAUUACAGGGCUUUGAUGAGGAAUCUAUCGUACAUGAGUGCUUCCUGAACAUGAAAUACCAAGGCAGCGAUACAACCUUGAUGAUUCGGAAACCUGACCAACUAUCAGACUUUGGAGCGGCUUUCAAUACUAGACAUGCACAAGAGUUUGGAUUCUCACAGUCUCGGGAUAUAUUGAUCGAUGAUAUCCGCGUGCGGAGUAUUGGAAGGCCUCGAGUCGUGGACACCUCGAGCCCGUUCAACGAACUGAACAAGUUGGAUGAUCGUUCUACAGUUCAGCCACCAGCACCUGCAUUUACACGAAGAGUAUUCUUUGAUAUACUCGGUUGGGCAGAUACCAACGUUUACACACUCCCUGACUUGAAGCCCGGCACUCGGAUCAAUGGACCAGCCAUGAUCAUUGACGAAACACAGACGAUUGUGGUUGAUCAUGCAAGCAGAGCAACCAUAUUGCCCGAGCAUGUGGUUUUGGAAGUGGGAAGUGUCAACCAGGAGCAGCUGUCUACCAAUGCCGUGGACCCCGUCCAGCUGAGCGUGUUCAGUCAUCGAUUCAUGACCGUGGCGGAGCAAAUGGGCCACACGAUGGAGAAAACCUCCAUAUCGGUUAAUAUUAAAGAGAGAUUGGAUUAUUCAUGUGCUAUCUUCUCAGCUGAUGGUGGACUCGUGGCUAAUGCACCUCACAUCCCCGGCCACCUUGGCUCCAUGAGCACGGCAAUCACAGCUCAGAUUGAGCGACAUCCACCGGGAGAUCUGAAACCCGGCGAUGUCAUCAUCAGCAACCACCCGGCUGCGGGUGGCACCCACCUACCCGAUAUUACGACCAUUACACCCGUGUUUGACGACGAUGAGAAUCCAUCAGCGAUCUUGUUCUACGUGGCUAACCGCGGUCACCAUGCCGACGUGGGUGGAAUUGCCCCAGGCUCCAUGCCUCCCAACUCGACCGAGCUCUGGCAAGAGGGUGCGGCCAUCGAAUCUUUCAGACUAGUCAAUCAAGGUGUCUUUGACGAGGCUGGAUUAAUCCGGCAUCUGUACGAGAUCCCCGGCACAUUCCCGGGCUGCAGUGGCACCCGCACGCUGAGCGACAAUAUUGCCGAUUUGAAGGCGGCUGUAGCGUCAAACCAAAAGGGUAUUCAGCUGAUCCAAGCUCUCAUUAAAGAGUUUACUUGGCCGGUCGUCGAGUUCUACAUGAAGGCAAUCCAGGAGAAUGCCGCACAGGCCGUGCGUGACCUACUGAAAGGCUUCGCUCAGCGAUAUGAAGGAGGGGUGCUCGAAGCAGAGGAGAGGAACGACGACGGAAUCCCAUUCCAUCUAAGAGUGACAAUCGACAAGGAGACGGGCAAAACUAUUUUCGAUUUUACUGGCACCGGACCAGAACAUUCGGGGAACCUAAACUCGCCGCAAGCUUGCUUACAUUCUGCUAUCAUGGUAGGGGUCCACGGGUUAAUAGAUAUACAAUCACUGCUAACGAAUGAUAAUAUACCUCUCAACCAUGGAUGUCUAGCUCCAAUCCAUGUAGUCUGCCCCAAGGGUACUAUCCUCUCACCGUCCAUCACAGCCGCGACAGUUGGAUGCACCACCGAGACGUCAUCCAAGAUCGCCGACCUCGUCCUGAAAGCCUUCCAAGCAGCCGCCGCCUCCCAAGGCACCAUGAACAAUCUAACAUUCGGCUACGGAGGCACAGACCCCAUCACAGGAAAAGUCAUCAAAGGCUUCGGGUACUACGAGACCAUAGCCGGCGGGGCAGGAGCUGGACCCGACUGGGAAGGCACCAGCGGAGUACACACCCACAUAACCAACACUCGCAUUACCGAUCCCGAGAUUCUAGAAAAACGGUACCCAGUCAUCCUACAUGAAUUCUCCAUUCGCCGGGGAAGUGGAGGAGCGGGUCUCCAUCGGGGAGGCGAUGGAUGUGUCCGUGAUAUGGAGUUCCGGAUUCCCCUUCAGGUAUCGAUUCUCUCGGACCGACGCGUCACGGCUCCUUAUGGAAUGGCGGGUGGCAAGGAGGGGAAGCGGGGAGAGAAUGUUUGGAUUCGGAAGGAUCCUGUCACUGGCUCUACGAGGAAGGUUGCCCUUGGGCCUAGGCAGACGGCUCACUUCCGAGCUGGGGAUCGUAUUGUGAUUCUCACGCCUGGGGGAGGUGGCUGGGGGGAGGAGAUUUCCCGGGAUCAGAAGGAAUCUGUGGGUUUACGACAGAAGAUUGACAGUGCGGGUCAGAGUCUACUGAAGACACAGGGGAGCUUGUAUGAGAGGAAUGCGAUUGCGGUGGGGAACUAA